AUGGGCUUGCUGCGAUCUAUCGUAGCGUUCAGCUCUCUUGUAUGUGCAGUCUCAACGCAGACCUUCCUAUCGACAAUAUCUAGCCGGGAAUGGAACCUUGGUAAUGAAUUCUCGCUCGCCUUGAGAAAUGGCCAACUGCAGAUCUCGAAGGCAAAUGACAGUCUUUGGAGCACUGUCUCGGGCAAGCCAUUCAUCAGCGCCAGUGCUGGAAAUGAUUCUGUGACGGGAUCUAGCGGAGCCUUUAACAUCACCCAGGUGGAUUUGGAUACUUGCGAGGAUCAGACCAUAACCAACAUUCAGCAAGUGACCUGGAAUGGGACGAUCGGGGCUCAAGUCAGUGGGAAUUUACUGAGUUGCGGCAAAGCGACUGCACCGUACCAGCUGACGUUUUGGGUCCCGAGCGACCUCAACGACCGAGUGGCUUUCCAUUUGAACAUCUCACCGUCCUCAAACCCUUCCAGCCCGCUGAAGAAGCUGUACUUCCGCUACACUUCAAGUGCAGACGAGGACUUUUAUGGACUGGGUGGUCAAGGGUCUUUCGGCUCAUUGAAGAAUUACAGCAUUCCCGUAUUUUCUCGCGAGCAAGGCGUUGGGCGUGGCGACGAGCCUAUCACAUCUGCAGGGAACGCCAACGGAUCGAUCGCUGGAGGUAACUGGUAUACAACCUAUACUGCAGUACCCUCUUAUGUCUCCACAGACGGUAGAACUUUCUACCUAUCGGAGAACAGCACUGGAUACGCCAACUUUGACUUCACUAAAGCGGACGAGGUCACCAUCCGUUACGAUUUCCUCAGCGUAGAUGGGGCCUUCUCGAAAAGCAGCAGUUUGUUCGAUGCCGUCGAAGCUCUGACCAGAUAUACCGGCCGCAUGCCAGCUCUCCCCAAGUGGGUGGACAAUGGGGCAAUCCUUGGCAUUCAAGGAGGGCAAGACAAGGUCAAUCGGAUCGUGGAGCAAGGAUUGAGUCAAAACGUCAGCUGUCCCAUUGCUGCAGUCUGGCUACAAGACUGGUGCGGCACCCACUCUCAAGUUGGGCCGUACAUCAACAUCUCCCGACUCUGGUGGAAUUGGGAGAACGAUGAAUCCUUAUAUCCGAAUUGGACCCAAUUCGUGCAAAAUCUUCGAGAUGAGCACGACGUUCGCACGCUGUCUUACAUCAACGUCUUUCUGGCAAAUGUUUCCACGAAGGCGACUGGAUAUCGUAGAGAUCUAUACAGCGAAGCAAGCGCGGCCAAGUACUUUGUUCAGAACACUACGAUCAACGACACCGCAGUCAUAUCAAGUGGCCCGGGCAUUGAGGCCGGCAUCAUUGAUUUGACCAAUCCCGCGCUUCGCUCUUGGUUUGAAGACGUUCUCCGAACUCAGGUCUGGAAUUCCAACAUCAGCGGCUUCAUGUCUGACUUUGGCGAGUACACCCCUGUCACUGCUGAUACCCACAUCUACGACACGGUCAGCGACGCUUUCUAUUACCACAAUGCGUACCCCUCCCAAUGGGCAGAGUUUCAGCGAGGCGUCGUAGAAGAUCUCAGUCUUGAGUCCGAAGCUUUACUGUUUCAUCGAUCAGCCGCCAUGUCCUCAAAUAGGAACAUGAAUCUCUUUUGGGUGGGCGACCAGAAUGUUAAUUGGGGACUGAACGACGGCAUCAAAUCCGUCGUGACUAUAAUGUUACACAUGGGUCUUUCUGGAUAUUCUCAGCUGCACUCUGAUGUUGGUGGCUACACGACUGUCCUCACAUAUCUGGGCUUCAACAUCACUCGCUCACCAGAGCUCCUCGGGCGGUGGGGCGAACUGGCCGCCGUGAGCAGUUCCGUCUUCCGCUCUCAUGAAGGGAACAUACCAUCGGUCAACACGCAAUUCUACAGCAACACCACAACGUACCAGUACUAUGCAUACAACGCGCGCCUUUUCGUGUCGUUGGCCAAAUAUAGACGACACAUCUUGGAGACCGAAUCCGAGCCCAAAGGCUGGCCGCUGCUCAGGCCACCGGUCAUGUACCAUCUUGACGACCUCCGAGUGAGGAACAUUAGCUACCAGAGCUAUUACCUUGGACCUGACCUUUACGUUGCGCCUGUGUACGACGAACAGACCUUUGAGGUUUCGGUGUACUUUCCCGGAAACAGCAAUAGGACGUAUGAGCACGUGUGGACUGGGGCGGUGUACACUGGCGGUCAGGAGGCUACCGUAUCUGCGCCUUACGGCAAGCCGCCUGUGUUCUUGGUCAAUGGUGCUGAAACUCAGGAGCUCAAGCCAUUCCUCGACUUCGUGAAGAAGGAGAAUGGAACUAAAUUGUCCAUAGACUAG